GGAAGUCGAGGUCCAGCGCUUCCCUUCCCGAAGUUGAAGGCGUUCUAGUGGAGCACCCGCCGAGCGGCUGCUACCGUGUCGGGGCUCGACGCAAUGGAUCUCGGGGCGGCGGGACCGAGCCCGGAGGAGCCCAUGGCGCAGCUGCGGAGGCUCAUCGGGGCGCUGCGCUCCGUGCUGCCGCGGGUGCGGGAUGGCGAGGCCCGGGAGACCGCGGAGGCGUUCGACGCGCACAGAUUUUGGGACAAGCUCGGGCAGAGGGCUCUGGCGGUGUCCCAGGAAGCCACGAAGCUGAGCCUGGCCUUCGCAAGACCUCCCCUGCCUUCCCCAGAGGACUGCAGGAAACUCUGUGAAAGUAUCCAGAAUGCUGUGUUGGCAGAGGUUUCCGAAUACUACUGGCUUCCUAAAGACCAAGGUAUCACGUUACGAAAAAUGGUUCGAGAUACUGUUGUGGAUGUAGUGGAGGGAAUGGCCCAGCUUGCAGAGGUGAUUGUUAGAGCUCGACCUCAAUGCAUAACGCAUGAGUAUCUCAGAUCAACUGGCAGUAUCUGGGAAACGUGUGACCAGGUGUCUCAUCUACCAAAAGAUAACAAAGCAGCAGCCCUUUUAAUGCUGGCUUCCUAUCUGCGAGUAGUGAAGGAUGCACUUGAGGAAAUGGAGCAGGCACAGGGGGACGGUGGAGACCCUUACAGUGACAUCUUGGAAGAUGAUGAAUUGGGAUCUCGGGGUAAUAGGGACACAUACUGGUCAGAGGAGGACCAGCAGCUCUUAGCCCCUUGUAUGGGACUGAUGAAAGCCUCUAAAGCUUGCCUCAAGAAAGUCAGGUCAUCAGUGGAAACCCACGGGAAGACAGUUGUCUCGGAUCAGGUUGCCCAGCUAGAUGACAUUGUAGACAUUUCCAAUGAGAUCAGCCCUAGUGUGGAUGAGUUGGCUCUGAGCAUGUAUCCACCUUUAAAUCGGAUGGCUGUGCGACUAAAUGCUGCAAAACUUGCAUCUGUGUUGAAAAAGGUUCUUGAAAUCACAAAGGCAAGUCAUGUAUGUCCCCAUGAGGAAGAAAACUGGAUCCAGUUUCUCUCAAGUGCCAUUGAUCACAACAUGAACAAAAUCAAGAACCUUACCCAGGGUGAACUUUGAGCCUUCUUCCUCUUCCUCUCAUGGCGCCACAGCCAGGCUCUGAUGUCAACUGUUAGGAUGGAGCCAACAAGCUUCCUGGGUCAGGAGAGCUGGAGACUGCACUUAAGAAGGCUGUGUCCAAAGGCCAUCAACUAACCACGGCUGUUAAGUGUGUGCAAACCAUGUGAGCUCCAUGCUUUUUAUGGGCAGAAACAAAAGAUGAUUAUAUGACCUUCUAUUUAUGCUUCUCAGAUUCCUGGAGAGCUUUGUCCUGUAUAUUCUUUAUUUACAAUAAAAUAUCUUUUUUUUGUUUCUGGAGACGAUGCCAGGUCCGUAGUGGCAAUUCUUCUAUGAGUCUAUUAGUCAUUGAGUAUUAAGUGCCUACUGUGUGUCCAGCACUAUUCUAGGUGCUGAGGAUACAGAUAUGAAAUAGGAAGCAAUCUCCACUUCCGAGGAGUUCAUAUUUGUCCUCCACAUCUUGCCACACAUAAAAUGAGAGUGUGCUCCUGGCAUCUUUACCCAAAUCACUGUGAGCUCAUUUGCUUUGGUUUUAUUAUCAGUAAAAGCAGAGCCAUCAUUUGCUGUGACUAGUACUGCACUGUAACUAGGAUUUCAUGUGUCUGUACUUCAUUUGCUAAUGCAUGUGGUGACCCUUCUGUGCUUUGAUAUAGAUGGCUUCAGCAGUUACUGUACUGUACCUGCCACCACGCCUUCUUCCCCUAUUCCUUAUCCCCAGCUCCCAAAAAAGGAAAGAAAAAAAUACACAUGGUGACCUGCGUUAGUUUUCUCAACUUUAGGGCAGCUGGCCUUUGGAUGGCAGACCCAGAGUCAUUUCCUGAGCCAGGACUUGAAGCCUUUCCUGCUUUGCAUAGGACCUCUCUGUUAGAGCUUGUGCUCUCCUGGCCGGAGCUGUAGAGAACCAGUGGACUUCUCCCUACUGCGAAGCUUCUGGGCACAACUUCACAUGACAAGGGAUGGUUGAGGUUCCUCUGUUACACUGGAACUUCGCUGUGUCAAAGUUGACAGCUGGCAGGAGCUCAAGAUGCUUUGUUGAACAGAGAUUUCAUUUGCUUUUGUCUGUAUCCCUUUCUGUCCCUGAGACCAGAAGUGAGCCACUCGACCCCAUCUGAGCCAGUUGCCUUGCAAAAUAGGGGUGACUGGAAUUGGCACUGCCGGCCGUGCAGGGCGUGUAUGAACAGAAUGAAAGAAUGUAUACAACGCACUUUGUGAAUUGAAAGAAGAAUUGUGAACUGUUAGUACCACAACCUACUCUGUAAUGAAGGUUUGUAAACGAAGUGCUUUGAAAUGUGCUGGAGGGCCUUGGAAGCUUGUGUACAUUUGCAUCUUCAUAUGUGAAAUUUUCUUAGAAUGAGGUAAAUAUGGAACGAUAUUUCAGUAGCAUUUUUUCAUGUGUUGGAAAGGCUUUCCUCACAGACUCACCCCUAGUCUAUUUUCAUCCUGUAAACCAAUCUCUGCUGUUUUAACUUGUUAACAGAAACCCAGGGAACUGUUAAAAUAAGAAACAUUGGCAGGUGUGCGUUAUACACAGGGUGUCCCAAAAGUCUUGUUUUAAGUUAUUAAAGUUCAACAUUUA